AUGUCUCCACCAGCGGAGGGCAGCCACAGGGAAGGGCUCCACCAGCGCAAGCCAGUGGCUGCCCUCCCAUUCGAAGAAGGCAGAAGGGAAGGGCUCCACCAGCGGAGGCCAGUGGCAGCCCUCCUCAUCAAAGCAUGCAGAAGGGGAGGGCUCCACCAGCGGAGGCCAGUGGCUGCCCUCCCCUCAUCGAAGCACCCAGAAGGGCUCCACCAGCGGAGGCAGCGCCCUCCCAUCAAAGCAGGGCAGAAGGGAGGCCCUCCAGCGCAAGCCAGUGGCUGCCCUCCCCAUCGAAGCAGGCAGAAGGGAAGGGCUCCACCAGCGGAGGCCAGUGGCUGCCCUCCCCAUCAAAGCAUGCAGAAGGGAAGGGCUCCACCAGCGGAGGCCAGUGGCUGCCCUCCUCAUCGAAGCAGGCAGAAGGGAAGAGCUUCACCAGCGGAGGCCAGUGGCUGCCCUCUCCAUCAAAGCAUGCAGAAGGGAAGAGCUUCACCAGUGGAGGCCAGUGGCUGCCCUCCUCAUCGAAGCAUGCAGAAGGGAAGGGCUCCACCAGUGGAGGCCAGUGGCUGCCCUCCCCAACGUAGCAGGCAGAAGGGAAGGGCUCCACCAGCAGAGGCCAGUGGCUGCCCUCCCCAUCGAAGCAGGCAGAAGGGAAUGUCUCCACCAGCGGAGGGCAGCCACAGGGAAGGGCUCCACCAGCAGAGGCCAGUGGCUGCCGUCCCCAUCGAAGCAUGCAGAAGGGAAGAGCUUCACCAUCGAGGCCAGUGGCUGCCCUCUGGCUCAUCGAAGCCGCAGACGGGCAGGGCUCCACCACGAGGGCCAUGGCUUGCCUUCCUCAUCGAAGUAGGCAGAAGGGAAGGGCUCCACCAGCGGAGGCCAGUGGCUGCCCUCCCCAUCAAAUCAGGCAUAUCUACAGGUGAACAUUUGCGAACAGACCAAAAUCUGUCAGAUUUCUAUAUCUCUGGACUGACAUAUCUACUGGUGGAACACUUCCCUUCUGCAUGCUUCGAUGGGGAGGGCAGCUACUGGCCUUCGCUGGUGGAGCCCUUCCCUUCUGCAUGCCUCGACGGGGAGGGAAGCCACUGGCCUUCGCUCUUGUAG